AUGGCCAAGGGGGGAAACCAAGCCAGGCUUCGGAGUCUGCACUCGGAACCACUUCACUCUGCUGUCUCAGAAGUCUUUAGAACCCGAUGUGCAACCUCUAAACGCGUCCCCGUCCGACAGCCGCACGACCGCCUCUGUUGCUUUCCUCCUAUUUAUGACUUUCCUGUUGUCUGCACCUCUUCGCGCACCCGCACCUCCGCGGCCAAGAGCAGCGCCGGGAGCGGGGCAGAGAGGGGAGCGGGGAGGAACGUAGGGACCGAGGGGGAGGUUUCCCAGGACCAGCUUUCGAGGCUGCACCGAUGAAGGAUGGCUGACAGCCUCCCUCUGGCCGAGGCAACGGCUUCACAGGAACUCAAUGGCGACUUCAAAAAGCCAGCCCAGCCGGUGCCCCCGGCGGUGCGGGGCAAGUUCCCGGCCGCCAAUCCUUCAAACCCUGAGGAGGUGAAGGAGGGGCCCGCGGCACUGCCGGACGCAGAUUCUGGGGAGCCCGACGUCCCCCCGGCUGGGCCGGAUCGCACGGAGACGUGCCUGGAGCACCCGUCGGUGUCUCGCUUCCACGCCGUGCUGCAGCACGGGGGCGGCCCCGACGCGCCCUCGGACGGCCACGGGCCCGGCUUCUACCUCUACGACCUGGGGAGCACCCACGGCACCUUCCUUAACAAAGCCCGCAUCCCGCCCCGCACCUACUGCCGGGUCCACGUCGGGCACGUCCUUCGCUUCGGCUGCAGCACCCGGCUCUUCCUCCUGCAGGGACCAGAGGAGGACCGAGAGGCCGAGUCCGAGUUGACAGUCACGCAGUUGAAGGAAUUGCGCAAGAAGCAGCAAAUGAUGUUGGAGAAGAAGAUGCUAGGGGAAGACUCAGAUGAAGACGAGGAGAUGGAUGCCAUUGAAAGCAAGAGAAAUACUGCUGGUCAAGAUGACGAAAUGGGCUGCACCUGGGGAAUGGGAGAAGAUGCUGUAGAAGAUGAGGCUGAAGAGAAUCCCAUUGUUUUAGAGUUUCAGCAGUAAAGGGAGGCCUUUUAUAUAAAGGAUCCAAAAAAGGCUCUCCAAGGUUUUUUUGACCGAGAAGGAGAAGAAUUAGAAUAUGAAUUUGAUGAGCAGGGACAUAGCACCUGGCUCUGCAGGGUGAGAUUACCCGUGGAUGAUUCAACUGGAAAACAGCUGGUGGCUGAGGCCAUUCACUUAGGAAAGAAAAAAGAAGCAAUGAUCCAGUGCUCGCUGGAAGCUUGUCGAAUCCUUGAUACUUUGGGAUUGCUGCGGCAGGAGGCAGUAUCUCGGAAAAGGAAAGCAAAGAACUGGGAAGAUGAAGACUUUUAUGACAGUGAUGAUGACACAUUUCUUGAUCGGACUGGCCUGGUUGAGAAGAAACGGCUGAACCGAAUGAAGAAGGCUGGGAAGAUAGAUGAGAAGCCAGAGACCUUUGAAUCCUUGGUUGCAAAGUUGAAUGAUGCUGAAAGGGAACUCUCUGACAUUUCUGAGAGACUGAAAGCCUCAAGCAAAGCUCUAUCUGAGUCAGCAUCUCAGGACUCUUUAGAUGCAUUUAUGUCGGAAAUGAAAUCAGGGAGUGCAUUAGAUGGUGUGUCCCGGAAGAAACUUCACCUGAGAACUUUUGAACUGAGGAAAGAACAACAGAGACUUAAAGGGUUGAUAAAAAUUGUAAAGCCAGCAGAGAUUCCAGAACUAAAAAAGACUGAAAGUCACACUAUGGAUGCUGAAAACAAAGCUAAAAAGCUUACAUUGCCUCUCUUUGGUGCCAUGAAAGGAGGAAGCAAAUUCAAAUUAAAAACUGGGACAGUAGGGAAGUUACCCCCCAAGCGUCCUGAACUCCCUCCAGCUCUAAUGAAAAUGAAGGAUGAGCCUGAAGUGGAAGAGGAGGAGGAGGAAGAGGAAGAGGAAGAAGAGAAAGAAAAGGAGGAUCCGGAAGAGAACGAAGUGGAGGCUGGAAGCAGUAGGCUACAGCAGAAGAGAGGGCCAGAAGAGGCAGUGCAGGAGAUGAGUCCUCCCAUUGAUCUCACGUGUUCUAAAGAAACAAAACAGCAUGAAAACAGGUCUCAACUCAGCCAAGUGGAACAGAAUAAAGAUGAUCAAGACAUUAGUGAAACAGCUGCAUCACGUGAGGAACCCUCAGUAUCAAAGAAUGAAUAUGGGAAAAACAGAGAUGAAUUGAAGAAAAAGAAAGCUCCUGGUCCAGGCAAACUUCCACCAACACUUUCCUCCACAUAUCCAGAAGAUGACCCAGACUACUGUGUGUGGGUCCCACCUGAAGGUCAAAGUGGAGAUGGCAGGACCCAUCUUAAUGACAAGUAUGGCUACUAAUUGCUUCAGAAUCCUAACGGAAGACCUUGCGGACCAUGUGAUAUGGGAUAUUUAGGAUAACAUAUCAAGUUGAAUGUCCAGAGAAGGAUUUCAGAUGAUCAUUUGUAAAAUCUGGUGAUUGGCCUUCUCUCCUAUCCUGUUGGCUUCCUAAAUUUAUCUUCCCAUCAGAUUUUCUUGAAUUUGAUAUUUAUGUUUAAAAGUGUUUGUGUAUGUAUGUAAAAAGGAACCAUAUAUUUUGAGACUUAGUAAAGUAAGAGACAUGACUAUGUUAAAGUGAGACGG